UUUGAUGGGGGUGGGGAGAAGAAUGGAAUCGAUGGAAUAGUUGAUGGAAUGGUGGGAAUUGAAGGGAUUGUUGAGGGGAAUGAGGGAAGGGGGUUGGCUGGCAGUGGAGGGAGGGUUGUGGGCACCGUAGGCAAUGUGGAUUUUGGCAAAGAUGGGAUUUGGGGUUGGGAGGUUGGCAACGGAGGCAGAGUAGUUGGGAGGGCAGAGGGCAACGGUGGCAACGUGGCCGGCUUUGGCAGAGUUGGAGCAGUUGAAAGCGUAGGCAAUGGGGUUGAGGGAAGCGGAGGCAAUGUGGUCUUGGGCAGAGUUGGGGCAGUUGGAAGUGUAGGCAAGGUGUUUGAGGGCUUGGGAAGUGUUGGUAGUGAAGGCAAUGGAGGCAGCUGA